AUGCGUAGAUUUAAUCCUCAAUGGUACAAUGAGUUUGGCACUUGGUUGGAGUAUAGUGAAUCAAAAGAUGCUGUAUUUUGCUUGCAUUGUUAUCUAUUUAAAUGUGAGCAUGGUGAUGGAAGGGGUGGUCAUGAUUCAUUUGCAGGAGAAGGAUUUAGCAAUUGGAAGGAAAAACAACGGCUUUUUAAACAUAUUGGGAAAGUUAGAAGCAUUCAUAAGUUGUGCUUCAGUGCUGCCAAAGAUUUGAUGAAUCAAAAUCAACAUAUUGACAUUGUUGUGUCUGGCAUUUCUGACAAAGCCAAACAGGAUUAUCGUAUUCGUCUGAAUGGUUCUAUUCGAUGUAUUCGAUAUCUCAUACGACAAGGUUUGGCUUUCCGGGGACAUAAUGAGACAGAUGCUUCAAUGAAUCAGGGAAAUUUUGUGGAGCUUGUAAAAUUCAUUUGUGAAAGCAAUGAGGAGGUAAAUAAUGUAUCUUUGAAUAAUGCCCCAGAUAAUCUCAAAAUGAUAGCUCCCUCAAUUCAGAAAGAUAUUACUAGUGUUGCUGCUAGUUUAGUUACCAGAGCUAUUAUUUCAGAUAUUGGGGAUAAUUUCUUCUCUAUACUAGUUGAUGAAGCUCGUGAUGUAUCAAUUAAAGAAAAGAUGGCCAUUGUUUUAAGAUAUGUGAACUGCAAUGGUGACAUUAUUGAGCGUUUUCUUGGUCUUGUUCAUGUUUCAGAUACUACAGCUAGUUCACUUAAAGAAACGAUUGAGAUAAUUUUUACCAAAAAUGGCUUGAGCUUGACAAAGAUUCGUGGUCAAGGUUAUGAUGGCGCAAGCAAUAUGAGUGGUCAAUUCAGUGGUCUGAAAAGCUUGAUUUUAGUUGAAAAUAAUUCUGCUUACUAUGUUCACUGCUUUGCACAUCAACUUCAGUUAGCUCUAGUAGCUUGUGCUAAAAAGGUUUACGCUUUGACUGAUUUCUUUAAUUUUAUACUGUUGUUGUGUAAUGCAGUUGGUGCUUCUUGCAAAAGAGCAGAUAUUUUGAGAGAAAAGCAAUUUGAUGAGCUAGUAAAAAGUAUUGCAAGCGAUGAUGUUCAAUCAGGGAGAGGCUUGAAUCAAGAAAUGAGUUUGUCACGACCAGGGGACACACGUUGGAGCUCACAUUACCGAUCAUUGGUAAGUCUGUGUACAUUGUUUGAUCCUGUGCUUGAUGUGCUAGAAAUUAUAAAAGAUGAUACAACUCUUAUGCAUGCAAAAAGGUCUGAAGCCUCUGGCCUUAUGAUGCGUAUGCAAACUUUUGAAUUUGUAUUACUUUUGAACCUGAUGAUCAAGGUCUUGGCAAUAACGAAUGAGUUGUCACAAGCACUUCAAAGAAAAGAUCAAGAUAUUGUAAAUGCUAUGACUCUUGUAAAAGUUUCAAAGGUGUUAUUACAGAAGAUGAGGGAUAAUGGAUGGGAUAAUCUAUUUAAGAAGACUUCUGAUUUUUGUAUAAAACAUGAUUAA